ACGCGUUGUGGGUGAGCGUGGCCUUCAAGGUUCGAGCCAAAACGAUCUGGUUGACGCGCUGAGUUCAACCAAAGGUCGAGUCUACGCAGCAUUCUCGCUAUUGGGUCUGGCCAUUCGUGAGACCAAUUGCACGUUGCCGUAUUGCGCAUCUCCUUGGAAUAUCGUCCAGGCACUCUAGGGAAUGUGCCAUGUUUCAGGACAAGAAUUCCCUUCACUCCGUAAUUGACCAAAAGUUGAUCCGAAGUGGGGAGAAAGACAGACUGAAGGAGUAUUUGCGCCAAAGAUUAAUUGAGUGCGGGUGGCGAGACCAAAUGAAGGCAUACGCAAAGCAGGUCAUAACAUCAAGGCCUCAUGAACAACUGAACGUUGACGAUCUGAUCCAAGAAAUUACACCCAAAGGCCGAGCAAUGGUACCCGAAAACGUCAAGGCGGACUUGCUGCUCAGAAUUCAAAAGACUCUCCAAGAGCAAGAUGUAUCGUAAACCAGAAAUCAUUGUUGCCUUCUAUUCGCCAGUCUACAGGCCGCCUGUUUUUCUCAAUUCACCGUCAAUACUUUGGCAAAUUGAAAGAAGGUGAUAGCUGGCGUUGAACGUGCUCUGGGCGCAAAUCCCGGCAAGAUAUCAGUCUUUCAAUUUGUAUGUUAUACCUUCAAAGUUGUAAGGGUUGGGCGGGUACUUGGAGGUGGUAUCCAGCGAUGGUUCAAUCAGAUUUAAUCGCAUUGGCACCGAUUCAAUACACAUGUCACUGUCUUCUUAAAACGAUACCUUUGAAC